CUGUUUCUGACUUUGAGACAUAACAGUAAAGUUUGGGAGAUUCAGUCGUCGUAUAAGUUGUAAAAUAUAUUAGUAUUUUAUUUAUCUUCGUUUAAAAUAUUUUUGUUGUAAUAUUUAAAUCUUAAAUUUGUUAAUUGCAUAAAGCAAAACUAAUCAAAUCGGCCUGUAAUGUCUAUUAAUUCUUGCACUUUGGUCGUCUGCCGUGUGACUAAAGCUGAAAAAAAAAUUUUAAAACAACAACCAAAAAAACCAUUUUUUAUAUAUAAAAUUACCAAAUUAUAAAAAAAGGCUCUAAGACAUUUCUGUAAUCAAUCAAAUUCUGUGAAUGUUUAAUAAUCAACGCGUUCGUAUAAAUUUUAAACAUUUUUGUGAAGUAUUUAAAAUAGCAAUAUAUAAUUAAAAUUGCUAGCGAAAUUUGCAAAAAAUACGUGCUUAAAACUGUGUAAUUAAAUCUAUCAAAAUUUCGCCUUUAACAAGAACUGAUUUCUUCAAAACGGAGCCCUUCAUAGAUUCUAUGUCAUUUUUAAAUUCUAUGUCGUUUCUAUUCAAUAAAAAAAUACAAAAGCAACCAAGAGCCAACGGAAAUAACUUUGAACUGAUAAAUUCAUUUAUAACGUAACAGUUAAUUUAAAAUUAAAAAGAAAAAAAUUAAAUUAACUGUAGCACCUGCGAACAAGUGUGCAAAUUGUUAAGAACUUGAUUGAGUAAAAUAAAAAAUUUAUAUACAAGUGAAAACAAUUAUUGUAUAUUCUUCUGUGCGAAUUAUAUUCUUCAGUUUUUUAAAAAAGAAAUCUUUAAACAUUACCAAUCUACGCAGAAAAAGAAAAAAGAAAUCAAAUACUAUGAAUGUACACGGGUUAAUAAUAGCGCUACUUGUGUUCGGCGCCGUAGCUGUGCACAGCCGUGCUAUUGAUGAUGUCGACAAUUCCAUCGAGGCUAAUAGCGAACAACAACAACAGCAACCACAGUCAAGACAAAAUCGAUUCGAACAGGAUUGGAUUAAAUUUACUAAGCCACCUCCGUCCAAAGUAUUUCAGUCUUUGGGCUCACCAGUCGAGAUUGUCUGUGAAGUAAUGGGCUCACAAAUACCCACAAUUAGUUGGGUAGUUGGCAAUUUGCCCCUUUCAGAGCUUGACAGCAUGGAGUCCAAUGUUAUAUCAGAAUCUAGUCCUAGUGCCAUAGUGCGUGUUCGUUCCGUACAUAUUGUUGAUCACAUGUUGAGUGAACCACGUACCUAUACUUGCGUCGGUCGUACCGGACCAAAAACAGUUUAUGCUUCUACUACAGUUUAUCCUCAGAGCGAUUUAAAAGAUUUGGUACAAGUACGGGACAAACCUUUCGCAACAGCUCUAAAGCCAAAGAUCAUUUACAAUGAGAAGCUACAUUUGGAUUUGGUUGGUUCAAAUAUUAUGUUGCCAUGUAAAGUGCAUUCACGUCCACGUGCUGAGGUCUUCUGGAUGAAUGGCGAAGGCAAGCUAAUUGAGCAAAACCAUCGCUAUAAAAUUUUGCCUAAUGGAGAUUUGUUAAUUUCUGACAUUAAAUGGGAAGACAUGGGUGGAUACAAGUGCAUUGCACGAAACAUUCACGGAAAAGAUACAGCUGAUACCUUUAUCUAUCCAGUACUUAGGGAAGAAAGCAAACCUUAAGACGCUGUCACAUUGGCAACAAUUUAAAAUUAAAGUUUCCUAAAGCGAAUAUGCUUAAAACUGUUUAGUACUUUAAAUAGCCAAAAAAUUCAGAGCUAAUUAAAUAGAAAAUGAUAUCAAAAAAUGAAAAAAAAAAUUAAUAAAAAAUUAAGAAAAGUCAAAAAAAAAAUAUUAAAUUUUUUUUUAUAAAUUUAGUUAUUUAAUAAUUGUAUUAAUCACAUUUACUAACAAUUCCUCUAGGCUAAAAUAAUUUUCACUUCUGUUAGAAAAACUUAUUUAAUUUUUAUAACUUUUCUUAUC